CUCUUAGACGGCUUCCACAACCACACCAGCUAAAAUUCCAUCCCCAUAUGAUCGGUUUCUCAUACGUUACAACCUUUCCCACCCUAACAUGUAUACAUCAUAAUCGCAACUUAACUACAUAUACGUUCAUUUAUUCGACACACCCUUCCUAUUAAUGAAGCAUCUCUGACUACUGUGGUAUCUUUAUUGAAAUGAACAACAUUGUCUAUGUCGGAUGUCGCAAGGACUUCAUAUGGACCGCCAAGAUAAUCUAAUGAAUACAUCCACUGAGUUCAUUCACUGCGAGUCAAUUAUCUUUUUUGCCGACCAAUUAAAAUCAGAAAUUCAUUGUUGUGCCAGCUCUUGACCGCUUUGGGUUGUUUUACGCACUUCUCAACCACAAUCCAAUUAUCAACUUUCAGCUAUCGACCACAAACUCUGUGGCUGCAUCCGGCGUAUCCAAGAUGUACUACAUACUCCCUGGCAAUUAUUGCUUUGAGGGUAUUGAUGAUGAGUCCUUGAAAUUGAUUAUCCAGCUUCAGCUUGAAGAUAUCGAGUACUCAUCUUCCAAGGGUAAAGGUCGCGCCGAUGGUGUAUCCGAUAUUUCUGUUGCGUUCAGCCUUCAAAAGGAGGAAUUAGAAAGGACUGCUUUGUUUCUGUCUGAUCAGCGGAUGACGAGAAGUAUUGCACUAGCCGUACAAGCUGACGGAGAUGUUUUGACUGAGACUGUAUCACGCAAUGACAGUUCUGCCAGAGACCACGCGAUGGCCCUGCAAUUAUAUCGGGAUCCUCACCUAGCGGAUAUUACACCAGAGCCUUCCACGAUUACUCCACCGCAUACACAGAUCUUGAAUGAAGAGGUCUUGCAAAAACUUCAAAUAUUGUACAUGUCUGGGGUCGACUCGAAAGAUGACAAUGCAGCAGAGUUGGAUGAAACAGAUGGUGGCUCAGUAGCUGAUUCACUUGUAGAAUCCUCUACUUGGGCAGCUUCUCGAUCCGUAUGUUCCAGGACAACAUCAACAACAUGUGUUAUUUGCCGCGAUGAGAUCAACUUCUGCGAUGCAGCCCGAGUUCCUGGUUCAUGCCGUCACGAAUAUUGUCGCACCUGCCUUGAGCACCUUUUCCACUUAUCCAUGAGUGAUGAAUCACUCUUUCCUCCCCGCUGCUGCAACGAACCCAUUACUGUCGCCAGUGUACGCCUUUUCCUCACAAUUGAUAUCGUAAGUGCCUUUGAAAAGAAGAAAAUCGAGUUUGAGACACCAAACAGAAUUUAUUGCUGCACCAAGCCUUGCUCAGCUUUCAUCCAUCCGUCAAAAAUCAUCAACAAAAUAGCUAUCUGUGAUGAUUGUGGCACGCAGACUCACACUUUGUGUAAGCUGGAGGCACAUCUCGGAGAUUGCUCGAAUGACACAGCCUUACAGGAGGUUUUGGACCUUGCUAGAGACAUGGGUUGGCAAAGAUGUUAUUCUUGCUGGGGCAUGGUAGAGCUUCAACAUGGAUGCAAUCACAUGAAGUCAGUCUCUCUUUCCUUGUACUAUCUCAUGGUCCCGUAAAUGUAAGCUGAUGCACUAAAAUAUAGAUGUCGAUGCGGCGCCACGUUCUGUUACACCUGUGGACUGAAAUGGAAAACCUGUAGAUGUCCACAGUGGCACGAAGAUCAGCUAUUAGCCCGUGCAACUGAAAUCGUCAACCGCAGACCUGGUCAUCAACUACUCGAGCGUCCUUAUCAGGCCAUCGGACAAGGAUCUGCAUCUAAUGCUCAAAUUGCGGUAGCUGCGCAACAUCUCCGCGAAAAUCACGCAUGUGAGCACGGAAUAUGGCGCAAGAUACAAGGAACUCACCAAUGCGAAACUUGUCAUGAAACUCUGAAUCGGUUCAUUUGGGCGUGUCGUCAGUGCGAAAUUAUGGCUUGCAACAGAUGCAGACUUAACAGAUUGUGACGCGGGCGAAUCUUGAGAAAUUUAAUCAUGUGCAAAUAUAGUCGCUUCUUCAGGAGGCUGCUAGUACCUACAUGUUACCUUUUGUCUUUGAUUGGGAUUCCGGGUUGAGAACCACAUUUGUAAAUAGCAUUUUGUCCUUGAAUAAGAUCACGGAGAUUUAUCAACGAAAAUUCCAAGUUACUCGAGAAAUCCGCCGAUAAUAAUCAAAUACUUCAAGAGUUACAUGCUGUCUCUAUGCAUUUGGUGAUGUGGCUUGAACUUACUACGACCUUCUAUUGUGACAUGGAAGCUGAAUGUCGAAUAAUUAUUACGUCUUAUUAGUCCAGAACACUCCACCAUCAUUAACAAUUACUUAUUGGAGAGAUUUAGUGAAGUAAGAC